AUGCCUAGGGUUUGGUCCCACCGAGAAGGGGACAGGCGGAGAAGAAGUCGGGCUCCGUCAAGGGGAGAUCUACGGCACCGGUAUGCUAGUAUUUGCAGACAGAGGAUAGGCCGCUCGCCGACCCGAAGAACGCAAUAUCCUGAGAACAAAUCUCGCCCGACCGUGGCGUCAAGCGGUACACACAAUCUCUUCGUCGGGAACCUUCCGUUCUCGUGCUCCACUAUAGAUUUAUUCCAGAUAUUUCAAAAAUAUGGUAGGGUUGUUGACGCCUUUAUCUCUACAUUUCCGGGGACAGCCAGAUCCCGCGGAUUCGUGUUUGUGCGAUUCCAAUAUGAGGAUGACGCUAGGGCAGCCAUCGGCGUUCUUCAUGGUAGAAGAAUAGAUGGCAGGGUUGUGACAAUUUAG